GAGUUGUGGGCUAUUCACAUUCGGUGUUCGCAGUUCGAAUUGUACGGUACGCUAGGCGCACAAGCGUGUUCAUAACGGUUAUAAAGAGCAGCAAUUGUUGAGUGCAGAAAAUUUGUAAAUAAACAGAAGGCCUGAAGGGUUUUAUUUUCGAACGAAAAACAAAAAAGAUUCACGCGAGUAAAGCAAAAACAAAACGAAAAACGCUGACGUAGUCAAAUUGAAAGUGCGCGCGCGGCGGUGUUUAAGUACUUUUGAUAAAAAAAUAAUAAAUAAUAGUGAAUCUUCGUCAGUGAAUUUUGGAAAAAAACAAAAAUUUUCAACAAAAAAAUUUAAAAAAUAUCGAAUUUUCGAAAAUAAACCAAGUUCAGCAUUUCAAAGUUUAUUGCAAACACUCUGUGUUAAUCAGCUAGUACAUACUAAAGAUUUUGUCGACUAACCAGCAGAACAACUAGCAGUCACGCUAAUUAUAGCGCACUUGUACAACAAUAACAGCAACAACAUACAAAAACACACACACACCCAUUGUGUCUAAGCCGUUCUCACCACGUAACAUUUUGUUGAAAAUUUGAAAUAAAUUUCACGAGUAGAGAUGACGCCGGCGGAGGACUCCACCUACACGACAAGUAGCGGCUCGAAGCGUGCGAGCUAUUCGUUGAUGGGCAUCAAGUUGCUUGAACUGGCGCUGGUCAUCACUUGCAUCGGCCUCAUCGAUGAGCCAUCCACACACUCACAUCUCCGCAUAUUCAUAACGCCGCGCGUUGUCGCCCUCUGCUAUGUAACCUUUGGCAGUCUCAUCAUUUAUACUUCAAUUUACUUAAUUAUGGCAUUGUUCGGUGAUGUCACAUCUUGGCGCACGUCGACACUGUGGUCCAUCAUUGGCUUCAUACUGCUCGUUGCGGUGACGGCGCUACUCUUCCGCGAUUGGUCCACCACAAAGGAACGCAAUUAUUGGCAUCCGAAUAUGCAACGUCUUGACCUAGUGCUGGCCGCCGCUUCAGUCUCGUUGGUAACCACACUCAUCUACUUGGUGGAUUUGUUGGCCACAAUACGUUUUGGCGUCAGUGGUGAACUGGAGUAAUCGAUUUGGAAACAGCGUCUAAAAGGAGUAUACCCACAUUGAGACGAUUAUCGAUGUCUUCGGUCUCGAGAUCUACAUAAAUGCUGUAAUAUUUACAGAGCAUCAACGCAAAUUUGUUUAUAACAUGUUUUCUAUUAAUGAUUUUUACGAAAAAUAACGGCAAUAAUAUGAUUUUCAAUGCAUAGGUUUAAGCUCAAAGUAAUACUUCGUUGGUGUUUAUACUUAUUUAAAUAGAAAUAUAAUGCUAAUGCUAAGCGCAA